AUGUCCGAACAAGGAAACCGGAAGAUAUUAACGACGAAAGGAAGCAGUGAAUCCAUGGUCCAAGGGAAUCAUGCAGAGGGGGAUGUCAAGUCACUCCAGGGGAUAGGUAAAGAUGGGGACGAAAACAAGGCGAGCUACUCCCCCACUGAGCCAUGCCUCCCGCAAGAGGUGACUCGACCCAAUAGCCAUAGCACAGGGGAAGCACAGCCAAGCAGCAACAAUAUUGCAAACGACAAGCUCAAGACGAGUCUAAGUGAAGAGAAGAGCGACAAAAAGAAUACCAACCUUCAGUAUGAUGAUGGAAACCCAGAAAUCACCUUUUUUGUAAACAAAGAAAAUUUAAAAAUAGCGAAAUAUGCCUGGAGAGUGGAAAACCCCAAAGCAUAUGUAUUCGCCUUGCAUGGAAUAACGUCCCACUUGAGAAAUGAAUAUCUGAAUUAUAUGGGUAGACCAUCAUGGGUUGAUGAGAAGCAGCAGAAAGGGGAAAUGGCUAGCUGUGGCAUUGGUGGUGAGUAUAACUUUAUGCAAGGGAACAAUUUCAACUGUUGGGACUCAGCUCAGUCUGUUAACAAAUCUGAGUGUAAGGAUGAUAGUGGGAAGGUUGUGCAUGCGGAAGGAGGCGACAAUUCUGCAAACCUACCAGAGGAGGAAGCGGGGGCCAGCGGCAAGUGUGGGGCUGACGAAAAGCUCAACACCGGCGAGGAGGCAAAUGUGGGGUGCUCAUUUAACAAAAUUCUCCAAACCAAUUGGACCAAGGACAUGAAAAUUAUAAGCGAGACGAACAACAUGCUGUAUGAUUACUGUCAACCGAGAGAGGGUAACUGUUCGGGGGCUUCAUCUUCUUGUGACUCCUCCGAUUAUGGAGAGAAAAAAAACCUCGAGAAUAAGCUAACUAUGUUUUUGUCCUGUUCAUCUUGCAUUACUAACAUAAAUGAGGGAGCAAAUCACUUAAACAACAAAUUAAACUUUGGGAGCAAAGAGAGCGUUAAUCACCCCAUUUAUAAUAACGAUGGGGGAGGGGACUGCCCCCAGAAGAGCACUGGCCAUGAUGGAAACUGCCCCAAACGAAUCCAUCCCAACAGUCAAAACAGCGAAAACAACAGCGAAGACACCGGUAGCAACGACAGCAGCGAAGAUAGCAGUAGCGAUGAAGACAUAAUCGAUGACGAAAAUGUUCUGCUGCCAAACAAAUCUGACUCUAAUAUGAAUUACGAUUCCAGUGUGUACUACUGUUCCAUGUGUGGUAUAUGCAACUACUGCAACUGUGGGGCAAGAACCCUCUCUUAUAAAAAUAGCUGGAUCGAAAAGUUCAAUCAGAAUGGGUUCUCCUUCUUUGGUAUUGAUAACCAAUCUCACGGAAUUUCCGAAGGGGUUAAAAAUCAUCGAUGCUAUGUAGAGGACUUUGAGAAUUUCAUAGAAGACACACUUCAAGCGUUAGAAAUUUUCAUUCAGGAAUGGAAAGAAAAGGAUGAAUUAAAGCCCAUUAUUAUUAUGGGUUUAUCCAUGGGUGGGUGCAUCGCUUUGAAAACGAUGGAGGCCAUCUUUCGACUGAACAAGGAAUGGAAAAGUUAUGUCAAAUCUCUUGUUCUUGUUUCCCCAAUGAUUAGCUUAGGGAAGCAAAAGAGUAAAAUCAGCAACAGGCUCCUCAUCUCAGCUACGAAGUUUUUAAAAUACUUUUUUCCUCUCCUCCCGGUUAAUGUAAAAGAGGGCAAUGCUAUGUACCCUUGGAUUAAACAUGACUGCGAAAUCGAUCCUAAUCAAUAUUGUGGACCUCUUCGGAUAAAAAUAGCAGCCGAGUGUGUGAGUGCCGCAGAUAGCUGUUUAACUUAUAAAAAUUUAAAGCACAUUGAAGAAAGCGAUAUUGACAUUAUGGUGAUUCAGUCGAAGAAUGACUGUUUAGUAGAUCCCAUUGGAGCAAUUGAUUUUUUGAGGAAAAUGAUGCGCCUGCACAGUAGGAGAGAGAGACGACAAAAUGCAUCUAUGUUAGAUGCAGAAAGGAUUCGUCAAGCCAGUUCGGCGUUUUCCAGGGAAAUCAAUGAGAAGAAGAAGGAUUCCGUAGGGCCUAGCGAUUCUACAUUCAUCGGAAGUGCGUGCAACCCCGGGGAGGACGACCUAAACGGCGAUCCAUCCUCUGUAGCACUUCACCGUGAGAGCAGCACAAACAACGGUGCAGCUACACAGAUGAUUGGUCACGUUACAACAGAUGGGAAGACCACCACCCCGAAAGACGAAACGGUGAUGAGCAAAUACAGCACCACUAGCUUUACUACAAAUAGUAAUCACCUCCCACCAGAGAAGCAAGCAUUACUUCCGAAUAAAAAGAAAGAAGACCAUCCCCCCAUGUUUGUUAAGUCUUCCUUGUCUAUUGAAUCCUCCAGCCGAAUACUCAGAAAUGACAGCCACUUUUCGAUAGUCAGUUCCGAAAAUGACGUCAAGGGAGAAAAGGGCAUAUGGACGUCCUUUGACCACGGUUACUAUAAGUCAUUCAAUUUGAAAAAGCUAAAGAGUGAUGGCGGGGUGUUGGGCCCCCCGGGGGAGGAGCAGUAUAAGAAUCUCAGCGUCUACAUUUUAAAAUACGGCUACCAUACGCUUCCUGGGGAGCCCCAAAGCCGCGAGACCGUCACGCUGCUGGUCGACUGGCUCAACCGCAUAUGCAGCUGA